CGCGGCGAAGCGAAGCGCGGCCCGCGGUGCCGCCAUGGCGAGCGGCGCCGCGGCGGGCGCGGGCCGUUACGGCGACCGUUACGGCGACCGUUACGCGGGGGCUCCUCAGACGCAGGCAACAGGACAAACUGCUAAAUCAGCAAGGACAGUUGUCAUCUCCGGUGUUCCGGAUGGCCUUUUGAAUGAUGAUGUCAUGACUGAUACACUGGUGAUUCAUUUCCAAAUGGCAAAGAACAAUGGUGGAGAUGUGGAAGAAAUAAUGUAUCCAACAAUGAAAAAAGGAGUUGCGUAUUUAACUUUUGAAGAUCCAGAAGUUGUAGAGAAUGUUCUAAAAAAGGAUGAACAUCGACUAGAAGACAAGAGGCUGUCUGGAUACUAUCCUCUGAAAGUAACCCGCUGCCCACAGUAUUACUGUGAAAAUGUCUUCAGCUCUGUCACGUCUGUCCUCAAUAUGUCUAUUUUCAAAGAUCAAUUUGUUUUAGAAGACCUGAUACAAGAACUUAAAAAGAACAUCAGAGCUUUGAGCUUUGGUUGUUUGGAGUCCAACGGACAUAUUUCUGUUCAAGGGCCAUUUCCAGCAAUCAAAUUGCUAAAAGACUUUCUCUUAUUAAAAGCAAAAUCCCUUUCAGAGAAGGACAAAGGAGAAGAAAAUAAGCCCCUUCAGAGACCAAAGAGAAAGCUCCGGCAACAAAGACUUUCCAUGGAGACAAGUAAUUUAAUUCCUGAUCCAGAUGGAGAAAAACAGGUGGUUGUUCUUGACACAGAUAUAUACCACUACAUGAAACACUUUUUUUUCAAGAAAUUCCUAGUAAAUUAUGAUGUUGUAAUUUCUGACAUUACUGAUGGUGAGAUAACUACAGUGUAUCUUGAGAAUGCCAGAAGUAGGUCUGGUGCUGGACAGGUUUUAAGAAUCAAAGAGGAAAUUGAAAAUCAGUCAGUAAAACUUCAUAACAGUUUACGUAAAGAAAGGAUCUAUCUUGAGGGGCGGACGGGAGAUGAAAAGCAGAAAUACAAACAGGCGUGUGAAACUGUAAAAUCCCAUUACCCAUAUGUUUUGAUUAUUCCUUAUGAUACUCACAUUGAUAUUAUAGGAGAUUCUUCUGAGAUUUUUGAAUUCACAAAGAAAAUAAGCAGAAAGAUUCAGAAUCAAAAGAUUCAGCUAGAAAGAUUGUGUUCACGUGACUGCUGCAAGUGAAACAAGUCAUCUCUGACUCCCAGUGAAGGACAGCAGGGCAACAGGGAAGUCCUAGCUCUAGAUAGGAAGUUUUCAGUUCUGUACCUUUCACACAGGAUUUCAAAGCAUUUUACUGAAUAAGAACCGAGCUUGUUUGCACCAGGCAUUUGCCAUGGGCAGUUUCUUAUUCCAUAUAAAAACUCCAUUGUACCUUUGACCUGCCACCUUCAUAAUAAUUUCACAAUCUAAUGAAGAGUUAGUUAACAUAAGUUACUUUCUAGGUUGAAUACCUUGGAGCACUAAAUUUCCCUUUGAGAGGUACUGUGCAAUGCACAGAGAUGAUUAGAUUUUAACAGGUCUCAAUGUAUAUGUAUAGUUUAAAAAAUCAUCCUUAUAUGUGUUACUUUUACUUUACAGAGCUAUCAGAAUGAUGUCUGUCUUGCUCUUCACUUUCAUUUUUGGGGUUAAAUAACUAUUGUUAAACCUGAAUGCUCAUUACAGAAUUCCACCUCACUCAUUAAAAUUAGGGACCAAGUCAGCCCACAGUAAUGCAGUUUAGUAUUUUUUAAAAAAACAAGUUUAACUUUUUCUAUAUUCAUUUUAAGGUUCCAAGUGCCCCACCUUCCCCAAUUUAGGCUUUUAAAUCAUUUUUUUUUUCUAAACUAGUUCUAUUUUUUGUGAUGUGAUAAUGUUCAGAAUACUUGCUCUUUUGUCUUAUGUGUAGGCAAAGCUCUUAAGUUUUUAAGGCAUUAAAUAAAUGAAUUGUUAAAAA